AUAUUGCUACUGUUGUGUAUGUGUAUAUAUAUAUAUAUAUAUAUAUGUGUGUGUGUGUAUGUGUAUGUAUGUAUGUAUGUGUAUGUAUGUGUAUGUAUGUAUGUAUGUGUAUGUAUGUGUGUAUGUAUGUGUGAUCAUAGCGGAUUUGUGUGAAGUGAAAGUGCGCUCUGUCAUACAGCGCGUCUGACGGCGCUGGAGAUGUGAAGCGAGCUAAGCUAAGUAGUUAAGCUAAGCUAAGCUAGAUGUGGAAUAGUGGCUCUAACAGCAUUAACUAACCGCUGAGGACUAGCGCGCUUAGCUAACGGGAUUUAGGCAGAGACCGACACUCAGUGAGACUCACACAGCGAGCUGGUGUGCACGAGCUGCAUUUUGACAGCGCAGGCUGCUAUUCGGUGAUUAAACAUACACGCACAUACGUGCUGAACGCGGUUAGCUCUCUGAAUGAAACACCUGCACACCGGCAUUUAUGACUAGGAAUUUCUCGCAGGCUGUAAGAAGCUAGCGAUAAGUUAAUGGUCCGGUGUUCGAGCGCUAACGCUAGCCAAACUAGACGGACAAAUCAAACAGAGCUUUAGCGAACAUUUUAAUCAAUCGGUGUCGAAGCUCAGUGUAUAACCAAGGAGUUUGACGUGUUGCUGCUUUGAAUGCACAUGUAAAUACACGGUGUGCUGUAACAUGGCUGACUCCAGCUUACUAACCAGGGUGAGGAAUAUGUGACGAGUUUCACUGUGCUGUAAAAGCAGGAGGGGUUGAUGUGACUGUGUGUGGGGGAACUGCAAGAUGCAGGAGCACUGAGGACACACUCUCUCGCCAUGGCGUGUCCCCCAUCCCCUUCCCCUGUUUAAGAGCACUGUCUGUCCAACAUCUGGUCUCUGGGGCUUCAGAGUGGAGCCCCGCACACCAACACACUACAGUUUCAGUCUUCUGUGUUUGUGUGUGCAGAAGGUGUGUGCGUGUGUGAGUUGGGUUCUAACCUCUUUGUUGAAGGAAGAUGUCUGUGGUAUUGCCCCUGGAUGGGGUAAGAGAGGGGGAGAGCAUGCUGGGUACCGAAGCUGCCAGCCGCUGUAAAGGAACCACUACUACACUGAUCAAAGACAACAACACUGAGAACAAUGGUGCCGAGCCUGACGACAACCUCACACAAGACACACCGAAACGCUGUCAAAACCAUGGCCAUAGCAGGAAAAGAGCCAAGUCCAAUGCCAAGCUAAAGCUGGUGAGGAGUCUAGCGGUGUGUGAGGAGUCAUCAGGCAUGUUUUCUAGUGAUGGACCUGCAGAGAGCCAGGAUAUUAUUCAGCUCCACAUCAGCUGUCCGUCAGACAAAGAAGAAGAGAAGUCUUCUAAAGAUGAGUAUGAGAGUGAGGAAAGGGAGAAGAAGGACAAAACUCCACACAAGAUGCUCUCACGUGACUCCAGUCAGGAGUACACAGACUCCACAGGCAUCGAUGUGCACGAAUUCUUGGUGAACACACUGAAAAACAACCCCAGGGACAGAAUGAUGCUGCUGAAGCUGGAACAAGAUAUACUGGAGUUUAUUAAUGAUGAUAACAAUCAGUAUAAGAAGUUCCCCCAGAUGACCUCAUACCAUCGCAUGCUGCUACAUCGAGUAGCGGCUUACUUUGGCAUGGACCACAAUGUGGACCAAACCGGCAAAGCGGUCAUCAUCAAUAAGACGUGCAACACCCGCAUCCCCGAGCAAAGGUUUUCUGAGCACAUUAAAGAUGACAGAACCAUGGACUUCCAGAAGAAGUUUAUCUUGAAGAGGGAUGAUGCAAGCAUGGACAAAGAUGACAACCAGAUUCGGGUUCCUCUGCAGGACGGCCGCCGUAGUAAGUCCAUUGAGGAGAGAGAGGAGGAAUAUCAGCGUGUCAGAGAUCGGAUCUUCGCUCGGGAAGUGUUUUUUUCUUCACAGUCUUCUCAAAACGGAUACCUCAACGACAACAGACUUUCCACUGAAGGCUACUCCUCUUCCUCCCAAAGGAGGAGGCAGAUCUUUAGGGGGAAUAAAGAGAGCUCGAGCCGGCCAUCGAGCAGUCGUCAAAGCAGCACCGACAGCGACAUGAAGAGUCUGGAACCACGGCCAUGGAGCAGCACAGACUCAGACAGCUCAAACCGCACACUCCGGCCUCCCGUUACCAAGGCCAGCAGCUUCAGUGGUAUCUCCAUCCUAACACGUGGAGAUAGUCUGGGUAGCAAGGGCUCACAGGGCAGUGCCAGGGGCUCACGCACAGGUCUUCCUCUUGUAACUACAGAGGCUUGCCCCCAGCCACCUCAGCAGAGCCGCACGCUCCUGCCCUGUCCAUCCAGCUGCCCCUCCAAUGUUCCUCAGAGCCAGGCUCCACCACCACCUCCACAAACAGCUCUGCUGCCCACCCCUACUCACGCUCACACGCACUCUCACCCACAGCACCCCAUUGGUAGCCACAGCCAUAAUCACAUGCUGCCACAGCCGGUGGCAUCUCUGCAGCCUGCUCCGCAGCCUGUAUCAUACUCCAGCUCCUCCUGCCCUCAGGUCAUCCUGCCUGUUUCUCCUUCUCAGCAGUAUAACUUGGCUGAUGAGCUGACGCCAGGUUUUGGACAGAUGUCUUUGAGCCGUCAGGGCUCCAGUGAGGCUCCAGAGCCACCAGGACUCUAUCAGCCUCCACCUGCCGUGUUAUCCCAACAUCCUCCGCCACAGCCAGGCUACAUAAUUGCCCCGCCUCCGUCCAGCUACCAGCCGCCCACAGCCCAUCCACACCCCCCUCCACCAGCUCCACCCCCAGCUCAGCCCGUACUGCAAACAGCUCCGCCCACACAGGGCUACAUGCAGCCCCCUCCACCACCUCAGCAGAUCCAGGUGCAGUAUUAUUCUGCUGGUGGACAGUAUCCAAGUUCAGGACAACAGUACAGGUCCAUGUCCCACCAGGUGUCGUACCCUGCUCAGCGCUCUCAGCCCAUGCCACCGCCAGCACAGCCCUCUGCUCCUCUCCAGCCCAUCAUGGCCAGUCAGCAGCCAGCAUACCAGGGAAUGAUGGGAGUUCAGCAGCCACAGAGUGCCAGUAUCAUGAAUUCUCCACGUCCAGGCAUGAGUGGACAGAUUCAGGGCAUGGUGGUACAGUACACACCUAUGCCUUCUUAUCAGGUGCCUGUAGCUAAUGAAACCCAGCCUGUGGUGCAGCAGCAGUACCAGCAGCCUGUCAUGGUGCCCGUUAGCCAGUCUGUUCAGGGUGCAAUGCCAGCCGCCCCACCCAUGCCAGUCUAUUACAGCGUCCUGACGCCGACACAACAGAACAGCACAAGUCCUUCUGUGAGCUACCUGCAGCCUCCCAGUUCAGAUCAGUACCAGAUGACUCAGUCCCCUUCCCCUUGCAGUCCUCAGCAGAUACAGCAGCAGUAUUCAGGAGUGCCACCUCCUGGUCCAAGUGUUAUGGUGAUGCAGUUGAGUGUUCCCAAUGGGCCACAGCCUACCCAGAAUCCUCCCAUGGUGCAGUGGAAUCCCUGCAAGUAUUACAGUGUGGAACAGAGACCCAGCAAACCUGAGCCACAGGUCAGCACUCAGUUGAGUAGUCCACUGGCAUCUCCUACUCAGUCACCCACUCCCACUCCAUCAAGCAGUGGAAACAAUGUGUGUCCUGGACUCGGCCCACUGCCUCUCAUUUCCCAGUUUCCAAGGCCUGGUGGACCCACACAAGGAGAUGGGCGCUAUUCGUUACUAGGGCAGCCACUGCAGUACAGCUUGUGUCCUCCAACCAUCAUGCACAACCAUAGCCAAUCCUCGUACAGCUCCCACCAGAGCUCAGGAGUGAUAAAGCAUGGAGCCAGAGGAAAGAAACAGACACUGAAAUCUGCCUCUACAGAUCUAGGCACUACUGACGUGGUGGUGAGUCGUGUGCUGGAGGUUACAGACCUGCCUGAGGGCAUCUCUCGCACAGAGGCUGAGAAGCUCUUCAACCAGCUCUCGAUGUGCGGGGCCAAGAUCCAGUGGCUGAAGGAGCCGCAGGCAUCGCGGGGAACUGGCACAAACCCAGCACAUGGAGCUCCUGGGAACGGGGCAGUAGGAAAGAGUGACACCCACGACCCAGCACACCUCUACACCGUGGUGGCAGUGUUCCCCAACACCAUGGCUGCACAGAGUGCUUCCUUUAAGCUUAACAACAGUGGAGGGAGUCUGUUCAAACUGCGUGCUGCCAAAAAGAACUAUGACUUGCGUGUACUGGAGAGAGCUAGCUCACAGUGAGGAAAGAGAGAGAGAGCGGGAGAGGAGUGGAGUGGAAGAACAGAGAGAAGAAAGAGAUCAUUCUGAUUUUCUCAGUCUUUUUUUUGUAUCAUUACGCAAAGAGGACAUAACGCACGUAAGCAUGUGUACCUCUGUUGUACCUCUGUAUAUAUAAUUCCUUAUGUACACACAGAUGCGCACACACUUACACACAUGGCCAUGCACUGGACAGAGGGUGUUGGACAGGCUCCUCCUCCCCAACUUUUUCUGUCUCUCUUUUCAUCCUGUCUCUCCUUCAGUCAUCAUAUGCCUUCUCUCUCCCUCUCACUGGCUCAUAUUUCCUCUAUCAUGUUCUUUUUCUGAUGCUUCUCUCUCUCUCUCUCUCUCUCUCUCUCUCUCGCUUGCUCUCUUUCUGCACUUUCAAGAUGGCUUUCUCUCUUCUUUCUCCCUCUUGCUUUCCGUUUGCCUUAAUGCUCUUGUGGACUUCUGUAUUGCGCUGUUCUUUCUCAUAUUCUCUCUCUCUCUCUCUCUCUCUCUCUCUCUCCUCUCUCUCUCUCUCUCUCUCUCUCUCUCUCUC